AUGGCAUCUCCAGAGCCUCGGACGGUCUUCCUCGUCUUCAUCGUCAUUCUCGCCAUUGUCGUUAUAAUCCUGCUUGGUAUCUGCUGGAAGUUCCUCAAACCAGACAUCAUGAGGAAGCUGAUGCGGCCAAGAAGCCCUGGUUCAGAUGUUCCUGAGUACUUCAGCAGCAACAUGAGCGGAAACCUCCGGACGAUCACCUACUUCGAUUAUGCUACGCUGAAGAAGGCCACCAGGGACUUCAACCAAAAAAACCAACUUGGCAGAGGAGGCUUUGGGCCUGUUUAUCUGGGGAAACUCGACGACGGUAGGAAAGUUGCAGUGAAGCAGCUCAGCGUCGGCAAGUCUGGGCAGGGCGAGUCAGAGUUCUUCGUCGAAGUGAACAUGAUCACAAGCAUCCAGCACAAGAACCUCGUGCGCCUCGUGGGGUGCUGCUCCGAGGGGUCCCAGCGGCUGCUGGUGUACGAGUUCAUGAAGAACAAAAGCUUGGACAAGAUACUGUUUGUAAUGUAUGAUCUACUUUCAUUCAGGGGUUACACUGCGCCUGAAUACGCCAUCAGAGGGGAGCUCACGGUGAAAGCCGACACCUACAGCUUCGGCGUGCUCGUGCUCGAGAUCGUCAGCAGCAGGAAGAACACGGACCUGUCUCUUCCAAACGAGAUGCAGUACCUCCCAGAACACGCAUGGCGGCUCUACGAGCAGUCCAAGAUCCUGGAGUUCGUGGACCCGAAGGUGCAGGCCGACGGGCUCGACGAGAAGGAGGUCCAGCAGGUGUGCCAGAUCGCGCUGCUGUGCGUGCAGCCGUACCCGAACCUCCGGCCGGCCAUGUCGGACGUCGUGCUGAUGCUGACGAUGAAGGGCGACCAGUCCGUCCCGGCGCCCAUGAAGCCGGCGUUCCUCGACAGGAAGAGCCUCAAGGACAAGAACGUCACGUCGGACACGGCGAUGGAGAUGAGGUCGGCGUCCUACUGGAUGAACACGCCGUCGCCCAUGGUGGACAAGCCGUACGACAUGAGCUGUGGCAUCUAG